CCCCGAAAGACCGUAGCCGUUUUGGCUCAAGCCAUUUAGGCUCAAGGCCGCCCUGGCUCGAACCGCACGUUCAUCAGGCUCGGUGGCCUUUUGACGAGCGGCAUGACUACCACAUCCGCGGCGGCCCUGCCGAGCGGCAUGAAUACCAAGAACACGUUCCUGGACUGCAGGUCGCCCUGGAUCGGCUACGUCACCUUGGACUGGCGCCCCAGUUCGGACCCCACCGACGAUCGCGUCUCAAUCAACUCGACCUCGCAGAGGAUCGCCGACACCUCAACCUCGGAGGGGUCCAACUGCUUCGAGGACCAGGAGCCUGGAGUGCGCCGUCUGAUGGUGGAAGGCGCCGCCCAGCAGAAGAUGGUGCAGCUCGCGCAGCAAGGUGAAGACCGCCGCACGAAGAUGUCCAGGACCCAGCGGCGUCGCGCGCAGCGGAAGCUCAUGAGAGCUUUCCAGGCGGAGCUCAUGGACCCCGACGACUCCCCCUCGGGCACGCCCGACGCGGCGGGCAGCUCGAGCGGCGAGCAGGAAAGCACCUCCACCAAGAUCUCUCUGUGAUGGGGCGGCCCGCGCCCGUGCAGACUGCGGCCGCCUCGUGUCGCCUACACCCUCCCAGAGCCUCCAGCACGUCCUAGACAGGCGUGGGCCGCCGAAGCCGGCAGAACUGCCGCAGCCGUCCGCUUCGCUUGCGCUAGACUCAUAUCCUCCCUCGAUCGAUCCUCGAUGCUCUCCCUCG